GAGAGGAAGAGGAGUGUUAUUACAAAUGGAAGAGAGGCUGAGAGUGCUACUGAGCAGCAAACACAGGGUGAACAUGUUCAGAUGUGAGAGACUGAGAGAGAGAGAGCGAGGGAGAGAGAGAGAGAGAGAAAGUAAGAGAGGGUGAGGGAGAGACAUCACAUCUGUCUGAGAAAGGUUAACAGGACUGCCUGACUAAGUAGAGUGGGAGUGUAAAAUGUAAAAGCGAGUAGGAGGGAAGAGAGAAAGGAAGAGGAGAAGAAAAAAAGGAGGAGAGUGUGUCUGAUAGACAGUCUGAUGAGCUUGUCUGGAUGCUUCUGAUCAUUCCGCUCUGCUCUGCCUUUUCACCUGCAGCCUGGGAGGACGACAUGAGCCAGACAGGUGUGCGUGGAGCCUCUGUGAACAUGGGUGGACAUGCUUUGUGAAGAUGGUUGCACAGCGAGACGGGUGGAUGGAUGGAGGAAUAUAUCGUGACUACCUUGGACCUAACUAUCAGCAGCGCUUGCCAAGAGACUGGAGACUGUGUCACAUGAUCACAACACCUCCUCAGCUUCUGCAGGAGGGCAUGCAGUGCCGGUGUGAGUGACAGGCAGCGUGAGCCAAUAAGCUUCACACAGAACCCAGCUCUAGUCCCAGACAUGGACAGCCUCCCACUCAAAAAGAGGGACCAAAGGCCGAGCUCACCACCACAGCAGCAGCAGCAGCAGUGUGAUGCUGCAACAUUCAAGGUGCCCUAUCCUUACAAGAGCCACAGUGAGAUUAAGAUUAAACACACAGGCCCUUUCCAGCCCGUACCGAAACGGGUUCCUGCACUAUACCAGCCCUGGAUGCAGACUCACACAUCCACCAGGUCAAAACCUCACGUCCUUUCUGCAUUCAGGGAGCAUCAAAGCUGGCCAGAGUGGAGAGAGUUCAACCCCCUGCACCCUGGAUGGGACUUCUCUCACCACUAUCAGCACCAUAGCCACUUGUCUGGCACACCUGGACUCCACCCAGGCCAUCCACACCAACCCUCCAGAUUCCGCCCUGUCUCCCUGGUCUCUGAGGGUUUCCAAAGGGUGGGUGGAGGGUACGGCUGGGAGCAGCUCAAGACAUUAAGGGACACGAGUUUAAACACAGAGAGGCAGAGCAAUGGGAGGAAUAAAGGACCAUAUGUGCGGAGAAGAGACAGAAAAGUUGAGUAUUUCCCCAGGGUUGAAAAAGCAAGUCCUCCAUUGUUGAGCACAUGCCUACCUCACUCUCCACACGAGGACCUCACACUGCAAAAUGAUGUGCUGCACAAAUCAACAAAAGUUGUAAAAUAUCCCGUUUCUGGACAUUCGUUUACUCCUGAUGAUAACUCCAGCACCACGUGCACCUCCAUGAAGGAGGACACAUCAAGAUCUUCUGCUCGCCCCUCUUCUGUGCAGGCCUCUUCCUCCUCUUCCUCUCCUAACCAUUUUCCCUGGCUGCUCCCUCACUUUGUGGCAGGCUCCUUGAUCGAGCUCAGAGACGGGCGGCUGAGGAGGGUGGAACACCUGCAGACGGAGGACUUCCUGCUGGGAUCUCUGGCCUGUCCAGACCUACGCCUGAGCUGUUGCACGGUGCAGAGCAUCUCUCCUUCAGCCUCCUCCAUCUCACGUCUUGUCAUCCUGCUCCACGACCAGCAGUCCCAGGAGUUGGUGGAUGUCUAUGUGGAGUACCCGUUCUUUGUGCGUGGGCGGGGCUGGUCCUCCUGUAACCCUCAGAGGACUGCCCGCCUCUGUGGCCUACAGUGCCGGCAGCUCAGUGUGGGGGAUGUCUGCCUGGCUCUUACCCCUGUCUCAGUCCCCCAGCCUCCAUCAUCAGCCACCCUGGAGCCACAAACCUCACCCAGGAAGUCAGAAGGAGGGUGUGGGUCCCUAAAGGCACCACAACCCCAGGUAUCCCCAGGGGCAGAACAGCCAGCAGGGAGUCAGAAGAAAGAGGCAGAGGCGGUCCGGAGGAGACACUAUUCAGCCCCUGAGUUGAGAGGUCCGGGGACUAACUGCAUGUAGGGAGGACUGUUUUACGGACAGGAAGCAAGUCAAUCACUUUUAAGCUCUGCUAUAUUCAGCCUAUAUUUGCUGUCUUUCUACCUCCUGUGUCAUAUUUCUGUGCUUGACUGUCAUUUUGAAUCUAAGGAGUAAAAGCUAAAGAGGAUUGAGUAACGCUCAGGAUCCCCCAGAGGUAAACCUACAUAAGCAUAUUGCAACUACGUGAGUUGAGUCAGAGUUAAACAUUAGAUUUUCUGUUAACCUGAUCAAAGUAUAUGAUAACACAGAAUUCAGAUAUUAUUCAUGUGAGAGAACUGUCUAUUUAAUACAUUUUGUGAGAAAGUGGGGAACCAAAGUCUACAUACAGUGUGUGUUGUUGCAGAGAGCUGGUUCAAUGACAGUGAAUUUGAGAAAGAUCUUGUAGGCGCAAAGAAAAUUGUUUUAAAAGGGAGUGUUCAUAUUAUUAGCGGUUCUGACAAAAUCAGCCCACGUACCUUGAAAAGCACAGAAAAAUACUCCCUCAGGUCCUUCACUGCUGAUCAUAUCAUUUAAAGCUCAUCUCUCUCCUGCCUAAUAUUAUGUAAGACUUCCUUAGGAUCAUAAAUGAAAGAUGAUUUCAUUCCAAAUUACAAGGUAGAGAUAUUUAUCAUUUUACAACACAGGGUUGUAUAAUGUCAUUAAGUAAAAUCCUUUUAUGCUACUCUCAAAACCAAAUGUGUAUACAAAAGUAAUAUACAGUAGAAGGGUGAAUAAAUAAUAAGUCAUAGAAAUAAAGCUAUUUUACAUGGUGGAGAGCUGAGGAUGAGCUGAGGAGUCUCACAGCCUGAGGCAGGAAGCUGCUCUGAAGACUGCAUCUCCUUAAUGCCUGAAACCUUUCUUAUAGUAUAGUCCUCAGUUUGAGUGUGAAUAUUCCACAUUGACACCACCUCUUUUGAUUGUAUCGGUUGGAUUUAGUUUCACGCUUCUACCUCUGUUUUCUAUUUAAGGUGACAGAUACAUAUAAUCUGUGUUUUUAACAGUGUGGGCUGUGUUGUAAUAUGCGAUGUCAGAAGCUCUCAGCUUCCUCUGUGAAUGCCAGUGAGAAUGCCUUUAUCUGUGUGGUUGCUACAGUAUACAGCUGCUUUGCUUUUGUACGGAUGCUCCUUUUAUAAAUGCCUGUCCCACUGUUAACAGUGGAGAUGCUUGUGCCAUUCAACUACUUUAAAAGCACAAUCUGUCAUUGGUGUACAGUGCCAUAUGCCCGCACUACAAUGUGAUUUCCUCCUGAGUAUACGCAGUUAGGGCAGACAUGGUGCUGUACACGCAGAUUGGGUCUUUAAGAUGUGAAACGGUUUUCUCACCGUUAAAUAAAUCUGUCGUGAACAA